AUGCUGGCUCGGUAUUGGCUGGAAACUUGCAAUACGACACACAAUGUGUGCCAACAGUCGUUAGAAGGAAUAAUGUUGCCUUUAAAGGUUCUAGAUGUAUCGCAGCCUCAGCUUCCAAGACUUGUUUGCGGCGAGAGCGAGGCUCAGUACGUUACACUGAGCUACAAGUGGGGGAACGGAAAGAAGUUUCUGAUGACAUCCACUAACAUGGAAGUGCUUGAGGCUGGAUUCAACCCUAAAGUGCUACCACGAACUUUUCGCGACGCGAUCAAAGUAACUCAUGCGCUUGGACUUCGUUAUCUGUGGAUUGAUGCCCUAUGUAUCCAACAAGACUCACCAGAGCAACUCAAGCAGCAGAUCAACCUUAUGGAUAAAAUCUUCCUUGGUUCAACGUUAACAAUAUUCGCCUCCGCCGCGGAGAAUGCCGAUGUUGGGCUCGCACUAGACACGCCUGCCAAAAGAAUUCCGGUUCACCUGCCUAUCAAUACCACUGGAAGCUCGAUGGCCUCCGUGGGCCAAGUCCUUGUUAGCCCACCGCAUCAUUGGGAUCAUGACUAUGAUGGACAAGGCCUUCACAGCCGAGCGUGGGUUCUACAGGAGGAGGUUCUCUCACGUCGCGGCCUCUCGUUCUGGUCGGACCAAAUGCGAUGGCGAUGUGAAUCUAAGUCUUUGCUUCCUCGCGGACUCUCCUCCUGGAAAUUGGAACUCGAAUCACGACAACGACAGUUGAUGAAAGAUGAAGCUGUGACAGAGUGGUACUCAAUGGUCAGCACUUACUCUCAGCGCCAUUUGAGUUUCCGGAAAGACGCUUUGAAUGGAGUUGCUGGUAUAGCGUCAUUGCUGGGUAAAACUUACGAGCUGACGUAUCUUGCCGGCCUAUGGGCCGAAGAUCUGGGCAAAGGCCUCAUCUGGAGGCCAUACAACCUUUCCAAAGAACCUAAACAUUCAAACCAAAUGCCCGAAUUUCCAUCCUGGAGUUGGGCGUCG